AUGGCUCUUCCGCUUCGAUCAAUAACGUCGUUCCGCACCUCAUUCUCCCCUCUCAGCCCCCUGUCGCGACCAUGCCGACUAUUCCUGGCCCUCCUGCAGACUCCAACUACGGCCUCACCCUCGUCUGCCGCACACAUCAAGAUCAACGUAACGCACCUGCCGAAGAACUCGAAGCAGCUGCCUGAGAUGACGAUAGGGUUUCGGAACGGGAAAGAAAUGAAGUUGGAGGUGGGCAAGCUACGCCUUUCGGUGGGAGAUGUUAUGGAGGAGGUUGGGAGGGUGGGGAGGUUGAUUCAGAGGGAGGAGAGUCUGAAGGCAUAA